UUGCCAAAGGACGACGCCAUCUUUAUUCGUGGCGGGGUUGGGCUCGGGGUCAGUGUGGAAUAAUGGAUUUGUGAUCGAUUUAAAUUCAAAUGGACCCUUCAUCUGUGAUUACCCAAGUUAGUAGAGAGGAAGAGCGGCUGAAUGUUCAGCCAGAGAAUGGCCAGGUGCCGGACGCCCGGGUGAGUAAGCCGCGCAGCCUGCUCCGCUCGCUGCUCUGCUGCCUGGGACGCCGCGACGGCUCCCGCUCACCGUCCCCGACCCCGGCGCCCGAGGAGAAUGGCCACGUGCCGGUGCCGGCCGGCCACCCGGCGCCGGGCGUGCUGCUGCCGCCGGUCACACACCACGACAUGGGCCGCGUCUGCCUGGUGGUCGACCUGGACGAGACGCUGGUGCACAGCUCCUUCAAGCCGAUCAACAACGCCGACUUUAUCGUGCCGGUGGAGAUAGACGGCACCGUGCACCAGGUGUACGUGCUGAAGCGGCCGCACGUCGACGACUUCUUGCAGAAGAUCGGACAGAUGUUCGAGUGUGUCCUCUUCACCGCCAGUCUGGCCAAGUACGCGGACCCGGUGGCCGACCUGCUCGACAAGUGGGGCGUGUUCCGGGCACGGCUGUUCCGCGAGUCGUGCGUCUUCUACCGCGGCAACUACGUCAAGGACCUGGAGCGCCUGGGCCGCGACCUGCACCGGGUGGCCAUUGUGGAUAACUCGCCGGCCUCCUACAUCUUCCACCCGGACAACGCGGUGGCCUGCAAGUCGUGGUUUGACGACAUGAGCGACACGGAGCUGCUGGACCGGCUGCCGCUGCUGGAGGCGCUCAGCCGCGCCGACGACGUGUACUCGGUGCUGGGCAGGGAGCACUCGCCGUCGCCGUCACUGGGCGGCCCCGGCCCGGGGCCGGGACCAGGACCCGGGCCGGGGCCGGGACCCGGGCCAGGGCCCGGCCUGCAGCCCUCCUAGUCGGACGGCGCCCGGACGCGCCCCCAGACUGUGCCAUGGCGGCGAGAGUGCGCGCGCCGCGCCGUGCUGCGCCGCCGCCGUGCCUUAGCGCGCCGCCCGCGCCCGCGCCGGCGGCCGCCCCCGCCCACUACGGGUUCGUGGCCCGCGCGCCGCCCAGAUCGCCCGGCAGCUCGGGCGACGAGCAAUGUUUUUAGUGCGAAUGUGAUACACACACACUGUUGUACCUAAUUGAGCGCGACAGACUGGAGGCGCUAUCUGAGGGGCGGCCGAGGGCCGAGCUCGUGCCAACGCGGCCCCGCCGGCCGCAUUUAUACGCUGGACUGUGAGUGCGAGUGUGCGCGCGCGUGUGUCGCUGUGGCCACUAACUGUGAUGGCGGCGGGUCGAGAGGAGGAGACGACGGUCGGAGCGGCGCCGACCGGACGCCAGCUCCAUCCAUACACCACUGAAUACUCGUCCCACCCGGCCGCCCGCCCGCCCGCCCGCCCCAGGCACGCCUGUUAUAUCAGCUGAAAAUUUUAUUCACCCUGUUGUCGUUGGAGGAUUUUGUACGAGCGCGCGCGCCGCCGUUGUUGCUGCUGCUGCCGCCGAGGGUGGCCGGCCGGGCCGCCCGCUGACAGGGCGCCGGCCGGCCGGCCGACUGAGAAUCUGUGUUUGAUAUAGACUUGUUACUGACCGUGGAAUAGUAGCGUUACACAGCCGUUUUAGGUGGGCGCGCGCUGCCCCAGCCGCGCCGCCGCUGUGCUGGCGACUGGCCAACCGAGUGGCGCUGUUUGACCAUUCUGUGACACCCCGUUUGUAGACUAUUGAACUAUGAGCUGAUCUGUGAGAGCGAGAGAGAGAGCAGGCACUCGGUGACCUGACUGUGGCCUUCCAUUGUAAAUAUAUCCCAUCAGGAGUACAA